UCCACGAAACCUAGCUAGGGUUUACUUUACCAGUGCAGACUAGUAUAAAACGCCGAUCUCCGAGAAUACCCAACCUUCCCCGCAGCCGCCCACCACCAUACCACCGGAACAAAGCAAGGCGGCGCCGCAGACUUCCGCAUCUUCCGGUUAAGGGAAAUGACGACGGUUCCGGGGCCUCUCAUCUGGGAGCUUGUGAAGAAGAACAACUCUUUCUUGGUGAAGCAGUUCGGCAACGGCAAUGCCAAGGUGCAGUUCAGCAAGGAGCCCAACAACCUCUACAACGUCCACUCCUACAAGUUCUCUGGCUUGGCGAACAACAAGACCGUGACAAUCCAGCCGUCUGCUGGAGAUGACAAGGCUGUCGUCCUAGCCACAACCAAGACCAAGAAGCAGAACGCCCCUGCCAAGCUCCAGCACAAGAAUGUGAUGCGCAAGGAGUUCCGCAAGAUGGCCAAGGCUGUCAAGAAUCAGGUCUGUGACAACUACUACAGGCCUGACUUGACCAAGCAGGCUCUUGCAAGGCUGAGCUCUGUGCACCGCAGCCUCCGGGUUGCCAAGUCUGGUACCAAGAAGAAGAACAGGCAGCCAACUAGGCUGUAGACCUCGUUAACGUUAAGCAGUUUUAGUUGAGGUGUCUCUUGGUGCUUAUGUUUCCCAGAUUGUUACCCCUGUUCAAACAGUUUUGAGACUUAAAUGGAACUCCUCCUAGAACUGGAGAAACCAUGUUGCAAAUCCACACUGUAGUUCGUGCUGACUGUGGUGGCUCCAUAUUUAUUAUUUGCUCUGCACUGAUGAUCUCUUCUUGUGUUGUCGAUCUUUUGUCA